AUGGCACGUAUCUCGAUCCUGGUAGCCUUGUUGGCGAUAUGCGCGUGUGUCAGUGCGCAGUUUGCGUUUCUGGAUUCGGCCAUGAGUCGUAUCGUGUCGGCCACACAGGAAGUGUUUAAAGCUUUGGGCGAGUCGCGUGUGUCGAUGCCGCGCCACGACGAAAUGGCUGCGUGGAUGCACGCAGGUAUCGAGUCAAUGGGGGGCGUUCUGUACCAGAAACUAGAGCAUCCCUCGUUUCCUGAUUACCGCCUCCGUAUUGCCAUGGAAGACGAAGAGCCCACGACGCCAUUUUGUGAUCCGGGCGUUCAGCAGAUCAAAGGUUAUCUCGACAUCCGCGACGAUGCCCAUUUGUGGUUUAUCCUGUUUGAGAGCCGCUCUGAUCCAUCGAACGACCCACUCGUUCUCUGGCUCAAUGGCGGUCCGGGCUGCUCUUCGAGCACCGGCAUGCUCUUUGAGCUGGGUCCGUGCUGGGUGAGCGACCAGGGCGAGAGCACGACGUACAAUGUGCAUUCAUGGAACACCAAAGCCAACCUGCUGUUCCUGGACCAGCCGCUGCAAGUGGGCUACUCGUAUUCGGACUCGGGCGAAACGGUGGAUAACUCAAAGGAUUCGGCGAAGGACGUGUAUGCGUUCCUGCAGCUUUUCUUUGCGCGUUUCCCCAAGUACGCCGACCUUCCCUUUACGAUUGCAGCCGAGUCAUACGGCGGACACUAUGCGCCGCACAUUGGCGCAGAAAUCCACCGCCAAAACAAGGCGCUGGAGCCGGAGAUGACGGAUCGCAUCAAGAUCAACUUGGACUCGCUCAUGAUCGGAAACGGUCUGACGGAUCCGGCCGUGCAGUUCCCUAGUGUGGUGGAAUACUCGUGCUCGCCGAGCAACAAAUACCACUUGUUUGAGCCUGAGAGUGACACAUGCCAGAAGCUCGAGGCGAGCUCUGCGAUGUGCAGCAAGCUGAUGGAGGUGUGCGAUAAGCUGGACUCGCGCUUGGCCUGUGUUCCGGCAUCCCUGUUUUGCUGGGGCAGUCUGUAUGGCCCGGCACAGCAAACGGGUGUGAAUCUCUACGAUGUGCGCCGACAGUGCGACCAUGAGAAGGACGGCGAACUGUGCUACCCGGAGAUGACGCACAUUGAGACGCUGUUGAACAAGCCGACAGUCAAGAGCCAGCUGGGCGUGCCCGACUCGAUCCAAUUCGAGAGCUGUAACAUGCAGGUGAACGGCCAAUUUAUGUUGCAGGGUGACUCGAUUCAAAACAGUGCCAAGCUGCUGGAGCCGUUGUUGGCGGACGGUGUGCGUGUGUUGGCGUACGCAGGCGAGGCCGACUUUAUGUGCAAUGCCAUUGGCAUCCAGGAAUGGAUGCUGCAGUUCCCGAAUGUCUACCACGAAGCUCUCAACAAUGCCACCCAGACCCCGCUGUUUGCGCGUGGCCCGACGGGUGCCAAGCCUCGCCAGGCUGGCUACGUGAUCAAGGCUGGCGAGGGUGCUGGCAACCUGGCCUUUGCGUGGAUCCAGCGCGCAGGACAUAUGGUGCCGCAUGACCAGCCGGGCGUGUCGCUCGCGAUGCUCAACCGCUGGCUCGCCAACGAGGACCUGACUCAGUAG